UGUGAUCACAUGAUACUAUUUUUUUCAUUUUUGCUGGAAUUGAUUUUUUAAUAGGGGUGUUAGAAUCAUUUUUUCAUGUCCACGCUGGUCUUCCCCUUCCAUCAUCGCCUGCCGCCGCCCAUCAACGAAGAAGAAAGAUCAGUGAUUGGAGAAGAUGUAGGUGACGACCAUGGUAGCAGUAACGACGACAGUCGCUCCAAUGGGAGCUCAACCCAAGGCGAAGAAGAAGCCGAGUCAAACUGUAAUUCGGGUCCCGAUGUCAGUGCAGGAGCAUGGAGAAUCGAAGGUCUUUGGAAGACCCUAGCGAACCGAUCUAAGUCAGUUAUCGAGAUAUACUGGCGGGAUCUGAAGGAAUUCGGGUCGGGCUUGCAGAAGGAAACGAUGGUGUUUCACGAGGUCACAAGCCGCGCCGUGAAGGAUCUACUGACGUCGAUAGAGGCCAGCGCGUCGGUGGCUCACGGAUCCCUGGAAACAGUGGGGCACGCCAUCGACGGAGUGUGGAAAUCGAUGGUCGAGAUCAUCUCGCAAGGUAAGGACACCCUUCUUCAACCUUCUGAUGGCGAAUCGGACUCCGAUGUGCUUAACUAUAGUAACCAAAGCGUGAACUCGACGAGAUACAGUUGGUUCGACGGGCUAUUGUGCUCGAUCCAGAGUGAUCAGAGUACUUACUGUGACGAACCUGAUGAUUUGGAGGAAUACCGCAAGUGGAAAUUAGGAUUUGGAGGAGAAUAGUGAGGAAAUUAGGAUUUGGAGGAGAAUAGUGAGGAAAUUAGGAUUUGGAGGACUACAGCCAAUCUGAGAGGGAGGCUGAGUGUCGGGUGGUUCACGGAAAGCCCCUUCCAAGUCUCUGGAAAAAAAAAAAUGGCAAUCAGACAUGAAAUAUUUGAAAAGUACAAUAAUUUUAGAUAAAAAAUUAAAUUAAUCAAAUACCUUUAAUUAAUAUUUUUUCUGAAAUUUAAAUCUAAGUAAUUCAAUUAUUUAGAAAAAAAUUUCUUUCCAUGCAAAUUCUAUAUUUAUAAUCAAACGCACCUUACAACAUGUUUGAUUAGCUAUAUUAUUCAUAAAAAAUAGUCAUUUUCUAUCUAAAUUAUAGUUUUUGAAGUAUUUGAUUGACAAUAUUUUUUAAAUAAUACAAAUUCUAACUUUUGAUCACGCGAUAAUUUUUUCUCACUUUUGAAGAGGGAAGAGAAUACAUUUUAUAGGCAAUUCAUUCACUCUCUCAUCACUCCCGACGCUCCUUCAACCUCGAGUUUUUCUUGAAAUCGACAUCGAAUCUUCCUCUUGUUCAUUGCCAUCUCCACCGAGGACGAGUUUCGAGGGUUCAUCUUCAUACUCGGUCAAGGUAAAAUUUUCGACCAUCUUAUUUUUUCAUUUCCAACUUUCAUAAAGAUCUAUAAGUAAAUUUGUAGCAAGAGAGGGACAACGAGCGAACGAGAGGAAGCACGGAGUGAGUGAGAGAGGGCAGCGAGCAAGAGCAACACCGAGCGACCAAGGGUUUGAAUAGCUCUUUACUGAAAUCAUUUUGAAUCAAACAUGUGAUCUUAAUUUUUGAGAAAACAUUUUGUAUGUGGGCUGAUUAUCUUAGUGGACGAUGUUUAGUAUAAUUUAAACUCAAUGCGGGGAGGUUCCAAUAUGAUUGCACAACAUAUAUAGACCAAACGAUCUUGUUUAGGCUUUGCUUUCAACAACUUUCUUUUAAUAUGGAUUCCAUCUAUCUAUGUGUUAUAUAAUUAAUAAACAAUAAUGGAUGGGCAAAUUUAAUUUCCUGCAAGCUGGCCAGGCCCUAGUUACAGAAAAGAUU